AUGGGUAUAUGGGGGUCGUGCUCGUUAGCAAGAACUUUGCUACGGGUACGCCGGCCCCACAGCCGGAUUAUCGCAGAGUGGCGAUAUUACCGUUCUCAUUGUUACUGCUUUUGCUGUCAGACCGCAUUUUGCGGAGUAAAUGGCCGAGGCAAUAUCGAGGAGGCGUGA